GUGUUGGCCAUCAUCAGCUUGAGAAAGCAAAGGUAAUUUCAAAGCCAUCAUGUCAAGUAGUAAUAUAGUUCCUGCGAAUAUGGAGAUUACGAAAUUCCUGUUAAUAGGAAUUACUACAGCUGCAGUUGUAUCAGGAGUUUUUGGAUUGAAAUCCUAUUUUCAUAUAAAUUACGCUUUGCAUUUGGCAUCUCACUAUCAGUAUUGGAGAUUGUUAAUAUGGCAAUUGGUCUAUUGGAAUUCAACAGAAGUUCUUCAGGCACUUUUUAUAUUGUACCAAGCUCGAGACGUGGAGCGGUUGUUAGGAUCUCAUAAAUAUGCUUCGUUUUGUACCUAUUCUUUUGUAGUUGGUACUCUUAUAACUCCUCUAUUCUGCUUUCCUAUAGCCCACUUCUGCCGUAGCUUUGAAUACGUUCACCCUGGGCCUACCUUCAUUGUCUUUGCUAUUCUUUAUCAAUAUUUCUACGUCGUUCCAUCAACUGUCUAUGUUCGAAUUUCUGAAAUUUUAAUCACUGAUAAAGUUCAAAUGUUAUUUCCCCUACUAGGACUAGCUUUAUCCAAUCCGCCUAGUACCUUUUUCAAUGCCCUCUUUGGAUGGACAUUUGGGAUGCUAUACUGCCAUGGUUUAUUCCCUUAUACGUCUUGGCGUUUACCAGCUCGCUUUGUUCCUGCUGCUUCAUUAACUCGCCAGAUAUAUAUUCGUCCACCUCAUACCGAUUCCCAAGCAUCCUUAGAUUUUGAUCCCUCUGCCUUGUUUCCCGCAUUUGCUGCUAAUUUCAAUACAAACCCUCGCACGGACACUAACCCAGACAACGUCAAUGGUCGUGCAAUCACUCCCAAUCUUCAAAGAGAUACUACCCCUCAUUCUGAUGCUGAAGCUUCAGGCUUCGCAUCUGGCAUACCAAGAAACCCUUCUUUUAGAAGCCGGCCAGCGACGACGCGUCAGCCCUCCGCAUCAGUUUUGCCAACUGGUCCUGCAUCUCAAUUGUAUGAUAUGAUUAGUGGUCGGUCCGAACGUCCUGAAUUGGCUGGUGUAAGAGAAGAAGACGUUGAAACUGUUCAAACUAUUAUGCAAACCACGAGAGCGCAAGCCGUCCAGGCCUUGUCCCAAACUAAUGAUGUUCAACGAGCUGUCGAGCUUCUUUUAGAGCAGUAAUUUUUCGAACCUUAGAAUUCAUUUUCAUCUUUUUGUUUCUGAUGUCUUCGUCCACUCGUUAUUUUCCAUCAGGAAUAAUUAUUAAACAACCUUUUUCGGAUAAAGGAUCAAAUAAAACUGCCUUUAAUUAAUUUCACUUUUGAUGCAUUGAGUUGGACAUUUGUUAUAACUUCCAAAUUGCUGGAAAUAUCUUAAUGAAUACUUUGAUAACGUUGUCGUAUAUUGAUAACUCUUACUAAAAUAAUAUUAGGUAAAGAAUUUUUUACGUUAACAAAAAAAAAAAAAAACCUUUC